CCUACUAAUGGCUGCAUUUACUAUUACGACUACUACUGUAAUACUUUGUUAAGUGAUUCUGAACCAUAUCGAUCGUUCGGUUUUGGUUGUACAUUUUGUUUGAUUUACAUGGUAUUAUUAAAAAUUAGUUUAUUUUACACUCCGUAACUGUAAUUAUUUUCCAUCCAUCCAAAUGGAUGAAAAUCAUGAUUCCGAAGCAAAUAUAUCGGCUUUCGAUGUAAAUGACAAAACGCCGAUUCUAGGAUCUCCACUAAACAAAAAUGCAAGAUUAUUGUCAAGACGAUGCCUCUAUUUAAUUCUAAUUGGAGUGUUAUUAUUAUUCGCUGUUAUAGUGGCGGCCAUAGUCAUAUUCUCACAAUAUUAUGACACCAAAACUACACCCAGAAACUACAUACCUGACCCAGAAUUUCCGUUACCACCGUCAAGUAUGCCAAUGGGCUUAUACCGAAAGGUCGGUGUCGUAUCAAACGGCGGACCGUGUGCACAAAUUGGAGUUGAUGUGAUAUCAAAUGGUGGAAAUGCUAUAGAUGCCUCAAUAGCUACAAUUUUAUGCGACGGUGUCUUAUGUCCUCAUCAAAUGGGUGUUGGUGGAGGUUUUAUAAUGAGUUUUUACAAUGCUACAUCCAAAAAAAUAAUGUCAAUUAAUGCACGCGAAACAGCUCCAGCCGCAGCAACAACAAACAUGUUUGUAAAAGAUCCAAAUAGUUCUAUAAACGGAGGUUUGGCUGCUGGAGUUCUAGGAGCAUUUAAGGGUUAUUCGGAAAUUUAUAAAUUGUACGGUGGCGGAGUUUCGUGGGAAUCACUUUUCGAACCAACAAUAAAGUUAUGCGAAGAAGGCAUAAAAAUCAGUAAACAUCUAGAAAUAAGUUUAAAAGAUGAUGUAGAAAUAAUAAAAGCAGAUCCUAUGCUUAGAGAAACAUUUUUUGAUGAAAAAACCGGUCAUUCUAAGAAAACGGGAGAAUUCUACAAAUUACCAAAAUUAGCAGAAACAUUAAGAAUCGUAGCAAAAGAAGGAGUUGAUGCCAUUUAUAAUGGAUCAUUAACAUCAAAAAUAGUAGACGAUUUAAAAUCAGUAAAUGGUAUUAUUACAAAAGAAGACUUAGCAAAUUAUAAUGUUGAAAUCGAAGAAGCGUUUUCCGUAAAAUUAAAGAGCGGAUAUACAAUACACGCAGGGCCACCUCCCGGUUCUGGCAUAAUAUUAGCAUUCAUUCUCCGCAUAUUGGACGGCAUUUUACCAGCACCCAAUGCUGGCCUAGAUGCACAUCGGUUGGUGGAGGCGUUCAAAUUUGGGUACGGCGAAAGAACCCAUUUAGGAGAUCAUAAAUUUAUAAACGUGUCUCAAAUUUACGAAAAAGUGAAAUCGGACAGUUAUAUAAAAAGUAUACAAAGUAAAAUGUCAGAUAAUUUCACGUCGCCAGACCCUAAAUACUAUGGAGCUGAUUUUGAUAUGCCGGAUGAUCACGGAACCGCCAACUUGGCUGUAAUUGAUUCGAUUGGAAACGUCGUCGUAUGCACUAAUACGAUAAAUACACAUUUCGGCUGUGGUUUCAUGUCUCCUAACACCGGUAUUAUUUUUAAUAAUCAAAUGAAUGAUUUUUCAACACCGGGGCUCUCCAACCACUACGGAAUUCCAUCAUCGCCGGCCAAUUUCAUAAAACCAGGCAAACGACCAAUGUCUUCCAUGUGCCCGACUAUAUUUACCGACAAAAAUGGCGAUUUUGUUCUCGCAGCAGGAGCAGCAGGAGGUUCAAAAAUCACUCUUGCCACUUCAUACGCAUCCGCUUUAAAACUGUGGUACAAUAAAACACUAAAAGAAGUAAUAGAUAAACCUAGAAUAUAUCACCAACUUAUGCCUAUGCAAGUUCAAUAUGAAUACGGAACGACUAAGGAUGUUGUACAAAAACUUAUAGACAUAGGUCAUCCAGUAAUGAGACUGAAAGAUAAUGGUGGUUCAGGUGGUUCAGCAGCAUCAGCUAUUGCUAGGACUCCAUCAGGAAUGAUCGAGGUUAUGCCAGAUUUCCGCCGAAAAGGAAAUUCGUCUGGAUAUUAAUGCGGUCAUAUUAAUUUAUUGUUCCAAUCAUGAUGAUGGGUGAUCAAAAUUAUUUUUUAAUUUGAUAUUUGAUCAAAGUCAUGUGAAAUUUACAAAAUAUUACUAACUAUUAUAAAUAAAUCAUAUAUGUUUAAUGUUUA